UGCUGUCAACCCAGCUAAUAUUCUGUGCGGUGUGGAAAAAAAAUAAUAAUAUUACAUUUUCUAACAAUUGUAUCAGAAUCAGAAUUGUUUUAAAAUAUUUAUUAUUUAAUAGAUUAAUGAAAUAAGAGUUAAACAGUUAACGUGAGUACUUGUAACUAACUGGUUUGUGAAAACCUACAAACAACCAUUUGUUGCGUCUGAAAGUUACAAUCAGUACAAUGGCUACUUUGGAAGACAAAAUUCUGGGUGAGAAGUUACAAAACUAUUGCAGCAGCAGCGAAGAUGAGGGAUCUGAUGAUGAGGACAGUCGUAGCGGAGAUGAGGAAGAAAAGUCUUCAAAAUUGUGUACAACCAGCGUCGAACCCACUCCCGUUAAUACUUGGAACGGUACAGCUAGCAAUACCGGUCCCAAGGGCGUAUUGGAAGACUGGCGCAGGUUCAAACAGUUGGAAGCGGAAAAUCGCCAAGAACUAGCAAAAGAACGAAUUGCGCUGGCUAAGAAGCUCACUUUGACGGUCAAAACGGCGCGCGAAGAGGAACAAGCUAAGGAGGUUGACGAACUGGAAGAUGAACUAAACGAACUAUUAGACGAGGGUUUUCUUAUGCAGUAUCAACAGCAGAGGAUGCAGGAGCUAAUGAAGCAACUCCAGAAAGCGCCAAAAUUUGGUAAGGUUUUAUCACUGAAUACCCAGGAUGAAUUUUUGAGUGCAAUCGACCAAGAAGAUCCCAAAGUAACAGUUAUUGUCCAUAUUUACAAUAAUACUGUAAAAGCAUGCGAGACUAUGGAUGGUUGCUUGAAUAUUUUAGCGAGUGAUUAUCCAGGAAUAAAGUUCUGUCGCAUCGCUGCUGACAUAGCAGGGUUGAGCAGGCAUUUUCGAGUUGAUGGUGUACCAGCAUUGUUGGUCUACAAGGGUGGGCAGAUUAUUGGGAACUUUGUACAGUUGAUAUCUGAACUGGGUGAUGAUUUUUAUGCUUCUAAUGUUGAGAAGUUCCUUAUAGAGUAUGGUAUGCUGCCUGAGAAUUAAUAUGAUAAUUAUUAUACUUACAAGUCCAGUGUAUUAACCUGUGUAUGUCAAUGUAGGCAAAUGUAAUGCAAAUACCAUUCUAAGUUGGCCAACUAUCACACAACCAGGGUUUAAAGCUGUGAUAGCUCAGUGGAUAUGACCUCUGCCUCUGAUCCCAGAGGGUGUUCGAAUCUGGUCCAGGGCAUGCACCUCCAACUUUUCAGUUGUGUGCAUUUUAAGAAAUCAAAUGUCAAAUUAAACAUCAUAAGAAAACCUGCAUACCAGUUUUUUUAAUUCUCUGCAUGUGUCAAGACUGUCAAUCCAUGUUGGGCCAGCGUGGUAGACUAUCAUUCUGAGAGGAGACUUGAGCUCAGCAGUGAGCCAAAUAUGGGUCAAUAAUGACUCGUAGAUAAACAAAUUUAUCAUUUAUUCUACGAUUUAGUUAGCCAACUUAUAAUUGUAUCUCUGCAGGAUCUCUAAUAAUAAUAUAAGAGAUGAUUUAGGAUAGAUCAAGGCAUGGGAGGCUAAUACAUUUCUCUGAAAACACAACCUGAAUAUUUUAUAAGGUGCAGCCAAUAAUCUAAUGCAGUUUGUUAACUCAUUUUCACCUUGCUUCUGCCCUAGUCUAUCUUAAAUCAGACUUUUUAAUGUGUUCACUGUUUAUGACUUAGUAAUUUUAAUUAUUCCACAUGUCCAUUGGGUAAUAUUCAAUUGAACUUUAGAAACAUUAUGAUUACUAUCUGUGUAUCCACUUUUGGAAUAUGUUAACAAAACAAUGUCAAAAUAACAGAUAUACAAACAGUCUCUUAUUCUUUACAAAAUAUGAUGGUACUUGUAAAUGGUCAAGCGAGACUAGUUUGGGAAGAAUAUGGUCCUAGAGGUAUACUAAACCACUUAUGCCCUGGACAAUGACCACAUUAAGUAAAUUUCUAUGUACUCCUUCAUAAACUGCUAACUAAAUCAAUAUAGACCCACGUCUAUGCUAGCUUAUUAAUAUUUAAGCUAGCUUCUAUUUUAGUAUUAUACAUUAGAUUACUAUAAGCACUACAUUUGAAAAGCACAUUUAAUUCUGAGGUAAUCAUAACUCAUUAAUUUAGAAUAACUACAAGUUGAAUAUUCACAAUGUCUAAGAUAAAGUAAUAUAUACCUCGCUGUAUAAUCCUCAUUCCUUGGCAAGAACCUCAAUAUGUUCACUUUCUUAUUAGAUUUAUUAAUCUAUGCUAGGUGUUAGGUAAUUAAAACAAUGAAUAUUGAUCAAUGAGAUUCAUAUUUAUUGCUAUUUUUUUGAGACAAAUUUCUAUUGUCAAUACAUCAUGCAAACGCUCCUGGCACUCUACCGUGAGAAGUUGUCCAUCUACUACUAACAUUUUAUAAUGGUUGUGCAAGAUUUCAUCCCUAUUAUUUUUACAUUUUAACUAUAGUCAAUGUAUCAUGGUGAAUAUAACUUUAAAUAUUAUGACAAAGGGUUCAUUAACAUGAGCAGCACGUUGCAACGGUAGCUGGCAACUGCAGUUGACUGCAGUCGGCGACCGCCGUCGCCUGCCUCCGAGACAUCGACUGCCGUCAAAAUGUCGCCGUCUAUUGUCGUCGGUAGCAGUUGCUGCUCGUAUAAAUGAAGCCUAAAUUUCAGUACCUAUUUAAUUCAGAUUGAUGUUUCAUGUUUUAGAUAGAACCAACACCAACAUUUUUCAAUAAUCUAGUUUGCUUUUAAAGAUUGGACUCUAUACCAUUUUCAUAUCAGUGUAACAGGAGCGUUUGUGUGAUAUAUAGUACUCAUAUUUAAUCAUCAAUUAAUAUUAAGUGAUAUUAAUGGAGGAUGAACUAAUGUGUGAAGUUACUGUAAAGUUUUUUUCUUCUUGUACGGCCAAUCUGCGAUCAGUCCUAAGACUAUAAACAAAUAUGUUGCGAGUGUCUUUGUCUUGUGGAGGUCGAUCCUCAUUAGGAGUCGGCGCUCAUUUAAAAAAAAAAAAAAUACAAUUUUAAAUGAAAUAUUGUCAAACAGUAGGUACUUUAAACUAUUGUAUCAUAAAUUACUGUUUAGAGUGCAUUGAGGCUUUGAAUCACGUAAAAUUUUCUUUUUUAAAAUAAUAUAGGUCAUAAGUAUAAAAUAAAAUAUAUAUUUAUAGUUUUAGUAAGUUAAGCUUUUGUCUGAACUUAAUUUUAUUGUUUUGUGUUGUAAUAAAUUAUUGUCUUAUGUACUUA